AUGAACGAACCAGCCAAUUGGUGCAAUGGUGAAUGCGGUAAAGAAGAUGGAGAUGAUGUUGUAUUGAAUAAGCCAUUAUAUAGAAUAAAUAAUGGUGGAUCUAAACUACAAUUGAAUACUCUGACGCUUCCAAUGAAUGCAAUACACGUGAACGGUUUUACUGAAUACAAUGUACACAAUUUAUUUGGUCAUAUGGAAGCUAUUACUACCCAUAAAGUGUUAGCUGAAAGAAUAAAUAAAGGAAAACGACCUUUUAUAAUUUCAAGGUCUACCUUUCCUGGUUCUGGAAAAUACACUGGACAUUGGACAGGUGAUAAUAAAGCACAAUGGGAACAUCUAUAUUUGUCUAUACCAGGAAUACUUAAUUUUCAGUUAUUUGGAGUACCUAUGGUUGGGGCAGAUAUUUGUGGGUUUGAUGGUCCUACUAAUGAAGAAUUAUGUUUACGAUGGAUGCAAUUAGGGUCAUUCUAUCCAUUCAUGAGUCAAGAACCUUAUAUUUGGCCUUCGGUUAAAAAAACUUCACGUAAAUAUUUAAGUGUAAGAUAUUCUUUAUUACCAUAUAUUUAUACAUUAUUUUAUGAAAAUAAUAAGCAUGGUUCAGGAUUAUUGAUAUCACCUGUGCUACAACCAAACACUACAACAGUAGAGAAUGCUUUUAUUCCAGAUGGUUUAUGGUAUGAUUUUUAUACAAAAAAGUUAUCAUAUAACACAACAAAUCAUAAUGGUGAGAAAGGUGAUGGAGAAUUUGUUAACAUAGAGUCGCCUUUAGAUCAUCUCUCUUUGUUAGUUAGAGGUGGUAAUAUUUUACCAUUGCAAUACCCUGGACUAACAACAAAAUCUUCACGAAAAUCAAAUUUCUAUUUAAUUAUUGCGUUGGAUGAAUCCGGCUACUCAACCGGAAAUCUCUAUUUGGACGAUGGAGAAUCUUUGACAGUUGAACAAAAUUAUUCUUAUAUAAAUUACAAAGUAUUGGAUCAUGCUAAUUUAAUAUCAAAUUCUACAUUCUACGGUUACAAAUUAUCAUCAAAUCAAGUCAUUGAUAAAUUAGUAAUCAUGAAU